ACAAGAAGAUGAAGCUAACAUUAUUUUCAAAGCUGCUUCUUCUCUCCCUUUUGGCAUCACUUAACUUUAUUGAGGCCAACCAAGCUGAUAAUCUUCAAAGGCUGAUUAAGUCUAAAAGAUGGAGAAACUCUUUUCAGGCAAAUUCUCAAGAGGAAUCAAGUGUAAAACACGAGUAUAGUCCUGUGUAUAUUGGGACUCAGGAUGGUUCAAUGGAACUUGACAAGAUUACUACAUUGCCUGGCCAACCUAAUGGUAUAAACUUUAGUCAGUACUCAGGUUAUGUGACGGUUGAUCCUCAGGCUGGAAGGGCAUUGUUUUACUAUUUUGUUGAGUCACCUCAAAAUUCUUCAACCAAACCUUUGGUUUUGUGGCUCAAUGGAGGACCUGGAUGUUCGUCUUUUGGGUAUGGGGCUAUGACUGAAUUAGGACCCUUCAGAGUAAAUAGUGAUGGCAAAACACUAUUUCAAAAUGACUAUGCAUGGCACAAUGUGGCAAAUGUAAUCUUCUUGGAAUCUCCAGCUGGGGUAGGCUUUUCAUAUUCAAAUACAUCUUCGGACUAUGACCACUCAGGUGAUAAUACAACUGCAGUUGAUGCCUAUACAUUUCUUGUCAACUGGCUGGAGAGGUUCCCUCAAUAUAAAACAAGGGAUUUUUUCAUAACUGGAGAGAGCUACGCUGGUCACUAUGUCCCUCAGCUUGCAAACACCAUUCUGCUCCACAAUAAAUACUUAAAUCAAACUGUUAUCAAUCUCAAAGGAAUUGCGAUUGGUAAUGGAGUGCUUAACUAUCAUACAGACGUCAUGGGAGAAAUUGAUUAUCUAUGGACUCACGCUUUGAUGUCAGACGAAUCAUACAAAGGCAUAUACAAAUACUGUGACUUUGUGAAUAGAAAUUUUUCAGAAAAAUGUGUGGACGUUUAUGAGACGGGAUUGAAUGCGAUAGGAGAUAUAGAUCCUUACAACAUUUAUGCCCCACUUUGCCAUGAUGUGGAACCAAACAAUGCCCAGAAGAAAAAUUCAAUUGGUUCACAGGUAAGGAACUUUGAUCCUUGCUCAGACAAUUAUGUGAAGUCAUAUCUGAAUAUUCCAGAGGUUCAAGCCGCUCUUCAUGCAAAGAAUACAAAAUGGCAGGGUUGCAGCUAUUUAAUUACCAGCUGGAACGAUACGACCCUUACUGUCGUACCCCUCAUCAAGAAUAUCAUGGCUAGCGGUGUACGAGUGUGGAUAUACAGUGGUGACAUAGACUCAGUUGUGCCCGUUACAUCAUCUAGGUACUCCAUAUCAACCCUCAACCUUCCUAUCAAGGCUGCUUGGUAUCCAUGGUACACCAAUGAGGAGGUUGCAGGAUAUGUGGAGGCGUACGAUGGAUUGACAUUUGUGACAGUGAGAGGAGCUGGACAUUUGGUUCCAAGCUAUCAACCAGAACGUGCACUCACCAUGAUUUCAUCAUUCCUUAAUGGAGUUCUUCCUCCUUCAAAAUGAUCCCCUCUAUGCUACAAUGAGUGAAGUC